AAGAAUGAAGACGUUUGGGGGACAUUAUCACCUAUCCGCCACCGCUCUUGCCGGUGGGUCACGGCGGAAGUCAUCGAGCCUUUCGCCGUCCAAAACUAAUUCCAGUCUUUCUCCUGCGAGACUUCCCAAGCUGGAAAUCUCUAUUCCUUCUCUACCCGAAGACCGCAUCGUUGUGCGUCAUUUUCAAGCUCUUCCAACCGAUAUCGUUUAUUGUUCUCUCUAUUUUGCCUUAGAAAUAUACAAAUUUCAAAUCUUUGGUGAUCCGGCAGUUAGGUGUUGGAAGUACGUUGGUGGACUUCUUGGCUGCGGUGGCUUCUUAUCCUAAGCCUGACGACAAAAUUAGGAGCACCAGCUUUGAGGUCCAAGGAGGUGGAAAUGCCGGGAAUGCUUUGACUUGCGCAGCUCGACUAGGACUCAAUCCUAGGAUUAUUUCCAAGGUUGCUAAUGAUUCACAAGGAAAAGGAAUAUUGGAUGAACUGGAAGAGGAUGGUGUUGACACAUCCUUUAUGGUGGUGUCUGACGGAGGCAAUUCACCAUUCACCUAUGUCAUCGUUGACAACCAAACGAAAACUCAAACUUGCAUACAUACUCCAGGAAACCCGCCUAUGAUACCAGAAGAUCUGUCCCAAUCAAAUUUGAUGUCUGCAAUUGAUGGAGUUAGAGUUGCCUAUUUUGAUGGAAGAUUGCAUGAAACAGCUCUUGUUGUGGCAAAGGAGUUUUUAUGAUAGGAACGAAUGCCAUUGGCAAAAUGGAAGUAAGUUGCGGGUAUUCUUUUCUAUUUCAGUGCAGGCUAGUAGGAGGAGGAUACCAAUUUUAAUUGAUGCAGAAAGGAUCCGGGAGGGGCUUGACGGUCUUUUGAAGUUUGCUAGUUAUGUUGUAUGCUCAGCAGAGUUUCCACAGGCAUGGAGCAAUGCCCCUACUCUUCCAAGUGCACUUGUUUCCAUGCUAUUGAGAUUGCCAAAUGUAAAAUUUGUUGUUGUGACAUUGGGAGAAGAGGGUUGCAUUAUGCUAGAAGCGGCUGAACCUGAGUCUGCCCAAUCUGAAGAAAUAGAUGUAGAUGACUUGUAUGAAAGAAUGAUGGAAAAGAAGGAUGUGAACGUGACCAUACCUACAUGCAUCACAUCGCACCCAGCAAAAUUGCAAGCAAAGGGAAUAGGAACAAUGAGCGGAAGACUACUUGUUGGAACAGCUGAGAAGAUACCAUCUUUUGAACUAGUUGAUACUACGGGUGCUGGAGAUGCAUUCAUUGGAGCAGUCCUUUACUCAAUCUGUGCUGAUAUGCCACCAGAGAAGAUGUUGACAUUUGCUGCUCAAGUGGCUGCUAUUGGUUGUAGAUCCUUGGGCGCUCGAGCCGGCCUCCCAUAUCAUGACGACCCUCGCUUGACACCAUUUUUAGUGUAGAGCUCCCAUGAUAUUAUAAUAAUUAUAAUACUAUGUAAUACAAAAUAAGAGGGUUGUGUUUUUUCUGGCAAUGUCCAUAAACUCUGUUAAAAUAAAAUGUUGUAAUAGAGUGAUCCAGAUAAUUAAUUGCACUUGGCUUUUUAUAGGGUUGAACAUUGUCUUGAUUCUGGAACCGGAGCAGAUUGGAACCUGUGAGAUAAAGGAACUCGAACUGAACUGAACUGGUUUUUACAGUUCCGUACAUGAACUGAACUUGUUGCGGUUCCGGUUCCUCCAAGGUGGGACGUCACUGAUUGGUUCCCAUUUCAAUUUUCCGUGUUUUUAAAGGCUACAAAGCAGAUUUUGGAACUUGCUCCGUAACUACUACUAACUAGAACCAGUUAACGCAGAUAAGGUUCCAGUUCCACCCUUUGGAACGGCCAUGGUCUAAACGUAGUUUCUUGUUCCAAAUGUUAAUU